AUGCGGUGGCUCAUGGGAGUUGCUCUCGUCAUCUGCGGUCUGACAAUGAGCACGUUCGGAAUGCAGUUUCUACGCGUUUCAGAGCUGAGGAAGAAGGACGAGAAGCUGCGGGAGAGCCGCAACUUCUUCAUCCUGGGCAUGGCCAUGAACGUAUUUUUUGGACCUCUGUGCGACGUAGCUGGCUAUGCAUUUGCGACGGCCGCUGUCAUUGCUCCCUUCUCUGGUUUCAACAUUGUGAUCAAUGCCGUCGUCGCUCCUUUCACCUUGGGUGAGAAGCUCACGACCCGUAGAUUAUUUGCAUUGGUGAUGGUCUUCAUCACAGCGACAAUAUCCAUUUUCUUUAAGAAUCAGAAUGAAGAUGAAGAGGUCUGGACUUUGGAGCGUGCUGAAGAGAUUCUUCUGCGAUGGACGGUCCUGGUAUAUGGCUUGAUGUUCGCAAUGUGGUUCUUUUUAAACAUGUGGCUUCGCAAGCGCUCGCCGAAAGGUUCGGUGCAUGUGGUGCACGCGGGUGGCAGCAGUUUUUGCUUCCGAUUGUGCUUCUGCACACAUGUGCAGCCCCUGGGGGCACUGGCUUCCAUGGAUUCUCUUGAGCGGAGCACUAUUUUUCGCCGUGGCCAAUGUUCCUUAUAUGACUAGAGGACUGCAAAAGUAUGAAGCUCUCUAUAUGGUCACGAUCUUCCAGGGGUCCAACAUUGUCUCGAACAGCUUGAGUGCCCUGAUAAUCCUACGGGAGAUGGACGGUGCACCUUGGUGGAAACUGAUUGGCUAUACUGGAUGCAUUGUGGUCAUGAGGGCAUGCCUUUGGAUCCUCGUGUCCGGCGAAGAGGCUGUUUGUCCAAGCAACGAAGUGGACGCAGAUCUGCAACGAAUUCUUUCCAUGGAAGAAGGAGGCGAACCUGAAGACACUCAAUCGGAAGAUGAACCUAAUUUGAUGGAUUUUGUCCGUGCUAUUUCGCUGGACCAAUUUUCGCCUUUGUCACUUUCGACCCCUGAAAACGCUGAAUAUUCACGAGACGAAGAAGGAUCGCGCAACGAACAGGAGGAACAGCAUGAGAAGCCGAAUGAUAUGCCAACUGCUGAAUUGACGAAACCUCUCCACUUGUAGAACUUCGGUACAUUUGAGUCAAGGGACGAAGCUUCUCUGUUUGCUUGAAGAUUUCUUGAAUCUGCCGUUGAAUGUAAA